GGGAACACGUGGCCUUCCCAUCUCGGUAAUAACCCCGUCCCUCCGGCGAGGCGAGACGUAGCGGGGCUCCACCAUCUUUUCACCGUGGCAUGUGCCUUUCGCUUUUCCUGGUCGGCUAGCCAUCGAGCUGGUCCUCCUCUCUAUCCAUCCAUCCCCUUCCAUCAUUCCCUCCCGUUUGAGCUCACCCCAGCUACUUGCUCAAUCCUUCUUGCACUGUUCUUUUCUUUUGAGCAGGAGAUUACUAAGCUGAGCGUGCUGUUAUGUGUGGAGGAGGUUGGCUGGCUGGCUGAUUGAUUGAUUUCUCAGAGCAAUGGAUCUCGAGUUCGGGAGAUCCCCGCAGCGGGACUCAUGGAAGACCACCAUGCUCCUGGCGUACCAGAGCCUCGGGGUGGUCUACGGGGACCUCAGCAUCUCCCCGCUCUACGUCUUCAAGAGCACCUUCGCCGAGGACAUCCAGCACUCGGACACCAACGAGGAGAUCUUCGGCGUCCUCUCAUUCGUCUUCUGGACGCUCACGCUCAUCCCGCUCAUCAAGUACGUCUCCAUUGUGCUCCGGGCAGACGACAAUGGCGAGGGAGGCACUUUCGCCCUCUACUCUCUGAUCUGCCGCCACGCCAAUGUGAGCCUGCUGCCCAACAGGCAGAUUGCGGACGAGGAGCUCUCCACCUACAAGCUGGAGCGCAACCCUGAGACCGCCGACAAGACCCGCGUCAAGGUGUGGCUCGAGAAGCACAAGAACCUGCACACCGCGCUUCUCGUCAUGGUCUUGAUCGGCACCUGCAUGGUCAUUGGGGACGGCGUCCUCACGCCGGCUAUAUCUGUGUUUUCGGCAGUCUCAGGGCUUGAGUUCUCCUUGUCCAAACAGCACCAUGAAUAUGCCGUCAUACCCAUAACCUGCGUCAUAUUGGCAUUUCUGUUUGCGCUCCAGCAUUUUGGUACACAUCGGGUUGGAUUUAUCUUCGCCCCGAUAGUACUAGCCUGGCUACUCUGCAUGAGUGCUCUUGGUCUUUACAAUAUCAUUUAUUGGAAUCCUCAUGUCUACCAAGCUCUGAAUCCCUAUUACAUGUUCAAAUUCUUAAAGAAGACUAGAAAAUAUGGCUGGAUGUCACUUGGUGGAAUUUUGUUAUGCAUGACAGGAUCUGAAGCAAUGUUUGCGGAUCUUGGACACUUCUCAUACAGUGCAAUCCAGCUUGCAUUUACUGCUUUGGUUUACCCGGCGUUGAUUCUGGCAUACAUGGGUCAGGCUGCUUACUUAUCAAAACAUCAUGACUUCUACUCAAACUCCCAGGUUGGAUUUUACAUCGCAGUUCCAGAUAAGGUGAGAUGGCCUGUUCUUGUACUGGCAAUUCUGGCUUCAGUGGUUGGAAGCCAAGCAAUCAUCAGUGGAACAUUCUCAAUUAUCAACCAGAGUCAGUCCCUAAGUUGCUUCCCUCGAGUAAAAGUUGUACACACAUCUGAGAAAAUUCAUGGCCAGAUAUAUAUCCCUGAGAUCAAUUGGCUGCUCAUGAUCCUCUGCAUUGCUGUGACUGUUGGAUUUCGAGACACAAAGCACAUGGGAAACGCAUCUGGACUAGCAGUGAUCACAGUGAUGCUGGUUACCACAUUCCUCACAUCCCUUGUCAUCAUGGUGUGCUGGCACAAGCCACCGCUUGUGGCCCUGGCUUUCCUUGUCUUCUUUGGCUCCGUUGAGGCGCUCUACUUCUCUGCAUCGCUCAUCAAGUUUCUCGAGGGCGCAUGGCUCCCGAUCCUUCUGGCCCUCAUCCUCAUGGCAGUCAUGCUAGUCUGGCACUUCACGACCAUCAAGAAAUAUGAGUUCGACCUGCAGAACAAGGUCACCCUGGAGUGGCUUCUCGCCCUUGGUGACAAGCUUGGCAUGGUCCGGGUACCAGGCAUUGGCCUUGUGUACACUGAUCUCACGUCAGGUGUCCCCGCCAACUUCUCUCGCUUUGUCACCAACCUCCCGGCGUUCCAUAACGUCUUGGUCCUCGUAUGCGUCAAGUCGGUGCCAGUCCCGUACGUGUUUCCCAAGGAGCGGUACCUCGUCGGUCGAGUUGGUCCUCCGGGCCAUCGGUCUUACCGGUGCAUUGUGCGGUACGGCUACCGUGAUGUUCACCAGGACGUCGACUCAUUCGAGACCGAGCUGAUCGAGAGCCUGGCAAGGUUCAUAAAGCUCGACGCCUCCUACCGGUGCAGCGAGGCCAGCGAGCAGCAGCUGGAGGAAUGGGAGCCGGGGCUUUCCGUGAUCGGAAGCAACCCGCUCCGAGACCAAGCGAGCUACGACUUGCAAGACAGUGUCCAGCACUCGGCCGCGUCCGUGGAGAUGAUGGCCCCUGCCGACAGCCCCCAUGGAACGGGACUGGAACUCGCGGCGCAUGCCAACUCGGCGAAGCAGGUGAGGUUCUUCAUAGAUAGCCUGGUGGCGAGCCCUGAUGCGGACAAGCACGUGACGGAGGAGCUGGAGGCGCUGUCGGCGGCGAGGGAGGCGGGCACUGCGUUCAUCCUGGGGCACUCGCACGUGCAGUGCAAGCCUGGGUCGUCGGUGGUGAAGAAGCUGACGGUGGUCGGGUACAACUUCCUGCGGCGCAACUGCCGUGGCCCGGACGUGGUGCUGCGGGUGCCUCCGGCGUCGCUCCUGGAGGUCGGCAUGGUGUAUGUGCUAUGAAACGACGCGUUUCUUCGUAGUUCUUCGUUUUUGCCUGUGUUUUUGAAUCCUGAUACAGUGAGUGCUUUAUACACACGGUCCUGUAUCAUAAAUCUGCUGACCUGCGGUGUAGGUAACUUGUCAGUGAUGUUGUAACGCCCCAUAGAUUAUUUUGCAUCCGGCUGUAUAGUUUAAGGCCUCA